AUGGCCGCCGACUCAACCUCCGCCAACACCCCGACCGCAGACUCCGCCGCCGCGACACCCACCAACACCACCACCGCCGCAGCAACAGCAGCAGCAACAACAAGCACCGCCAACGGCUCCCAAAUCCGACCGGGCGGAGCUCCCGCCCGCGUCUACAUGAACGAGAAGAUCGUGCCGUAUCUGCUAGAAGGGAUGAAGAGUGUCGCGAAGGACCAACCACCCAAUCCCCUCCGCGUGCUGGGCGAAUUCCUGAUUCAGAAAAGUAACGAAAUUGAGCAAGGGGCAGCAGCAGCAACAGCAACAACAACAACAACAACCACCAAAACGCCGGAGUAA